AAUCAAAAUCAUAAAAUAUAUUUGAAAAGAGAUGGAAAGGUUUCUUAAACUAAUUUUUUGAUAAGAGCAUAUCUGAAAGAACAAUAUCUCAUGGACGCUAUAAUAACAAAUUAAAGUGUACAUGACAAUAAUCCAGCAAGUGUACGUGUACAUGAUAAUAGUACAGCAAGUGUACAUGUGCUGCCAAAAUGACCGAACUCAGGAUUGAACUCGCAAAGAAUAUGGUUGAGGGUAAUUGGGACCAAGCUCUAAAUUUGGCAAAAAAGAUUUAUGUUCAAAACAAAAGGGAUCUUUUGAUCGCAGACAUCUUGAAUGUUCUUCAAGAAAGAGUAAAAGAUGAAGACGACAUUAGCGAAGACGAUUCAAGUUCCAGCUCAGAGGAAUCAUCUUCCGAAGAGGAUGCUAAUGAUGAUGAUGAAGAUGAUAAUUGUGACGAUGAUGAUAAUGAUGAAGAUGGUGAUGAGGAGGAGGAAUUUGAUGAUGAUGAAGAGUAUGAAGGGGGUCCCUCCUCACUGGAUUCAGAAGAUCUGGGGAAUUCUGUAGAUUCCGGAGUUUUCAGUGCUUAAAUAAUUUGCGUUUUUACGAAAAUAUUCAUCAUAAUUUUUAUUUUGAAAUAAAUUUAAUAAGGAUUCCAAAUUCAAGAAAAUUUAAAAAAAAAUUUCUUUUUAUUAAUCAAUCAAUAAGAGGCUCAGAGUCAGAGCCUCAUUUCUAAACCUAUUUUUGUAUUAAUGUUUGUUAAAAAUAUCUGCAUGUAAAACCAUUCUUUUUAUGAUUGUAAAAUGGUAUAUUCACGAUAAAGUUUUGGAU